AUGGAUCAUGGAUUAUUAAACACAAUUUGGAUGAUGAUGGAUGUAACAAGUAUGUUAGAAUUCAUUAAAGGCAUUGGUGUGAGCGUGUUUCGUAAUUCCAAAAAGCACUUUGCGGUGGAAAUUAUAAAAGUGAGCAAGGUCUAUGGCCCAGUGUUUACUCUAUGGAUCGGACCCAUUCCAUUCGUAUUUAUAUGCAACCUAGAUAUGGCACGGGAAUCGUUUAACAAGAUUGAUUUUACCGGACGCCCUCUUUCCCAAUUUGGUAGCAUAUAUUGUAAUGAGAAAUAUAAAGAUGUUGUUCACUGCGAUUACAGUAAGUGUUGGGAAAGUCUACGCCGAGUAUCGCACACAGCCAUACAAAAGUACGCCAAAACAAAGGUCUUGUCUGAAGUGGUUGACGAAAACGUGCGUCAAAUGGUUCAACAAAUUAUAGCCGAUAAUGAGGGUAUGGGUCGACCGUUUUCGUCGCACGACUACGUGUAUAAUGUGUUCGCAAAUAUUUUAGCCUCAAUCGUGUUUAGCGAAAAAUUGGACUGCGAACAGGCUGAAUUAAAAAUGAUCAAAUAUAUCACGUCUGGCUUUCAAACUGAUCUUGGUAACACAUUAUUUCUAUACGAGUUUAUACCGGUGUUGCGCUAUUUAAUUGCCAACCCUUUGAUCAAAUAUAAGCGAUAUUUUGAGCAUCUCAUGGAUUAUACGCGAAAUAUAUACCAAAAACACGACCAAACAUAUGAUGGUAACAAUUUGAGGGACUUUUGCGAUAUACUUAUCGCCGCCAAACACGAGGCCAUUGCCGAUGACAAGCGAACGGCACCCUAUUUUACCGAUGAUAACCUGCCCGCCGUAUUGAUUGAUAUGGUUGCAGCCUAUUACCCGAAUUACCAAAAUAAGUUGCGCACAGAAAUUAGCCGAGAGAUUGGCGAUCGGGUGCCGGUAGUGAAGGACAAGUGCUGCUUAAACUACACGAUGGCCUUUAUAUCGGAAAUAUUACGGCACAGAAAUCCUACACCAAUAGGACUAUUUCAUAAGACUAUGGUUAACACCAAAUUGGCUGGUCACCCUAUACCUGAAAACACCAAGGUCGUAUUGAAUCAGAACUCCAUUCUGACCGAUCCAAAGCACUGGGAAAAUGCGGAUGUAUUUGAGCCAGAUAGAACUAAAACCGCAUUUUAUUUUCAGCUGGUCACCCUAUACCUGAAAACACCAAGGUCGUAUUGA